GAGGACUAUUAUUACAUUGAGUGGUCACGAGAGUAAAAGAAUUUAGUCGCUCCCAACGAGAAUCAGGAUUCAAAACAUUCAGCAGUGGGUAUUCGCUAGUGGUCACCCACCUAACUACUAAUCCACCCCUAUACUGCUUAAGUAUGCGGGAGCGGACGGGACCGCUUGUUUUCAGUAUGGUAUGGCCGAAUGUGAAGGUAUGAUAUCUAAUAACGACUGUAUUCUAUGAUAGUACUGUCCGGCCACGUGACAGCUCGCUAAGCUAAGUCAGUCUUCGUUUUUAGAUCUUUUAGCAUUUUUGAGAACGUCCAGAAACAAAUUCAUUCAACCAAAAUAUCUCAAGAUAUGGGAAAGGAUAAGAAAGCGAAGGCAGCUGACAAGAAGCUUAAAAUCGUCGCUCGUCAAGAACGCAAAGUAAACAAGAAAGAAAAAAAGCACGCCAGCAAAGCCAAGAACGCCGACGAUUCUGAUGCCGACGACGUCGACAUUGACUCCGUGCUCGCCGAGUAUGCUCGCCAGCAAGAGCAAUUUCUCAAAGUAACAGAAACACCCUGUAAGCCCCCGUCCGCACGCAGCUCCGCCACUCUGCUCGCAAACCCAGCAAACUCGAAUGAACUUUUUCUUUUCGGCGGCGAAUACUACAAUGGCGCCCUUGCCCAUUUCUACAACGACCUGGUCGUCUACAACAUCAAACACGACGAAUGGCGCACAAUCACAAGCCCCAACACACCGCUGCCCCGCUCCGGCCACGCCUGGACACGGGGCGGCAAUGCCGGUGGAAUUUACCUCUUCGGCGGCGAAUUCUCGUCUCCGAAACAAGGCACAUUUUAUCACUACAACGACUUCUGGCGCCUGGAUCCACAGAGCCGCGAAUGGACGCGCAUAGAGUUCAAGGGUAAAGGGCCGCCGGCGCGCAGUGGGCAUCGCAUGACGUAUUUCAAGAACUAUAUCAUCUUGUUUGGCGGGUUUCAGGAUACCAGCCAGCAGACGAAGUAUCUGCAGGAUGUCUGGAUAUACGACACCUCUACCUUUGUCUGGCACACGCCGAUACUUCCGCCUGCGACGGGUAAGCCGGAACCACGGUCCUCUUUCACGUUCCUCCCGCACGAGCGUGGCGCUGUGUUGUAUGGCGGUUACUCACGUGUGAAGGGCCCUGCAGGAAAAUCUUCGCAGGCCAAGGGUGCCGCAGCUGGUGGUGCUGGUCGCACGGUGCUCAAGCCCAUGGUCCAUCAGGAUACAUGGUUCCUACGUAUUACCCCCCCGCCUGCAGAGGCGCCAUCGAAUACGCUACCGAAGGUCGUAUGGGAACGUCGCAAGCGGCCUGCGAAUCCGCCGAAUCCGGCGCGAGCAGGAGCGACAAUGGCGUAUCACAAGGGGCGUGGGAUUAUGUUUGGCGGCGUGUAUGAUAUCGAAGAGAGUGAGGAGGGUAUUGAUAGUGAAUUUUUCAACCAGCUUUUCGCAUGGAAUGUAGAGCGAAAUCGAUACUUCUCACUCACACUCAGGCGGCCACGUGCGGCGCCGAAGAAAGGGGGUCAAGGAGCUGAGCGCGGAAGGCGGGGACGGGGAAAGGCUGACGAGGAGGAAUUGCUACGCAACCUGGCAGCGCUGGAGACAAAGGGGAGACUAGCUCACGAUGAAGGAGAUAAAGAUAUACCCGAUGCACUGAAAAAUACGGAGUCAGACGAGGAAACAGCAAACCGCCCCGAGAAAGCCGUGGUUUUCGAGAUGCCACAUCCACGCUUCAACGCCCAACUCACAGUGCAAAAUGACGUACUGUACAUUUAUGGUGGCACAUUUGAAAAAGGUGACCGCGAAUACACAUUUGACGAUCUGUGGGCCAUCGACUUAGGCAAACUGGAUGGCGUUAAGGAGAUCUUCAAGCGCGAGCUUGACGAUUGGGCUGGAAGCGAGGACGAGAUGGAUGAGGACGAAGAGGAGGAAGAAGAAGAAGAUUCGGACGUUGACAGUGAUUUUGAUGAGGAUAAGUCUGACACUGCGAGUGUUACAACAGCCGCGACCUCGAUUCCAGAUGCCUCAAACAAGCCUACCGAAGACGAAGAGGAGGAAUCGACAGCCACAGUUGACGACGGACUACCGCACCCUCGCCCCUUUGAGACACUACGUGACUUUUAUGCUCGGACGUCUGAAGCAUGGCAAAACAUCGAGAUCGACACCAUGAACAGAGCGAGUGCGCAUCCUGCAGCACCCAAAUCAGUCAAAGAGAUCAAGACGGCGGCGUUCGAGAGAGCAGAGGAUAAGUGGUGGGAUACUCGGGAGGAGAUUCGGGUACUUGAAGACGAGCAAGAGCAAGCGGGGAUUGGUGAGGUGGUUAGUCUGGCGGAUAAGGAGGGCGGGAAAGGGGGUGUGAGGACGAGGAGAUAGACGAGUAGGCUUCCGUUAAAACAGACUCCUUAUUCUUGUCAGUACGGAAAGCCAGUAAAUGUUUUAUGCUCUCGACGUGAUAACGGUAGAUCAAUCUAGAAUAACGUGUCUUUACCGGGCUAUUGAAAGUGACAGGCAGCAAGAAUAAAUAUAGCUCAUUAUAUAGUAG